GCUUUGUAUAAUAUAGUAUAAUACUAAAUUGUAUAAUAUGUUAUUGUUGUGCCUCAGGUUCAAUAAAACCAGAGCACUUCAUGAGAUGACAAGCUCCACAUUUUAAGAAUAUAGUCAAAGAACCCACUCUUUCCAAAGUUGUUCUGGCAUGCAUAAUAAUUUGAAAUCAAAACAGCAUAGCCAUAGGUGGGAAAGACCACAUUCUCUGAGUUCAAGGUCCAUGAAAUUUCUUACACACCAGCAUAAAAAAAUUGAUUGUCUCUUUUUAAAUUUUCUUUCAGGGGGUCCAAUAAACAAAAUAAUACUUUCGGUGGAGUUAAUGUCAUGUUUAGAUCAUGAGUAUAUUUGACAUAUCUUAACACUUGGACCCAUUGACUCUCCAAAAUUGGAUAUUCCGAUUCCUCAUUCUGCAAUUCAGAUAUAUAACUAAUACUUCAAUUUAACUUUUUAAUUUUUUAUAAAAAUGAAUUGUUGGUUCAAGCACUGCAUUUCUUAAAGCUCCUAAAGUUGCGGGACUCAGGAGGUGUUAAAACAUCUGGGCCAUACUGUUUAAUUCUGAUGUUUCAGCAGUACGUAUUGCCAAGCAAAUAUUGUAGAUAGUCAACCCAGAAUUUCUCAAAGCAUUUAAACAUUUGAAACCAACUGAUUUUGAUCUCAAGAGUUUGAGUAAAAUAUCUUCCCUGUUAUUUUCAAAUUGAUUAUUUAGCAAUUUCAAUUUCUUGUAUGAUUUGGAAUUAAAGCGUAACUGCUUAUCAAUAAACAAAUAGGUUUGGCAGCCAAGUUCCCUAUAUCCUGAAGUUUGCAAAAGUCUUGGACAGGUAUUUCCCACCCCACCAGUGGUGAAAUCCAGCAGGUUCUUACAGGUUCUGGAGAACCGGUAGCAGAAAUUUUGAGUAGUUCGGAGAACCGGCAAAUACCACCUCUGAGUGGCCCCAGAGUGGGGUGGGAAUGGAGAUUUUGCAAUAUUCUUCCCCUGCCUCACCCACCAAGCCACGCCCACAGAACUGGUAGUGAAAAAAAUUGGAUUUCACCCCUCCCCCCCCCAACACACUCAUUAGAAGAAGUCCAUUACUGAAGAGAAGAACUGAUGCCAGAAACUGCUAGGGAUCUGCAACUGUAUAGAAAUGGAGGAUAAAAGGCAAAAAGGUUCAGGAAGCUUGAAAUUCCAAAGAUAUCCCAUGGCUACCUCAGGGUGUCAUGGCCACCAAUGACCAAGAAAUCAGCUUUUGUACAGCCUUUCCAAAACAAAAAUGACAGACAUGACAUCUCAGGAUUAGAUAUUGAUCUAAUACCUGAGAUAUUGUUCCCUCUAUCUCAAGAGGAAAUUCUAGAGCUAGAGUUCGCAUAAAAAAAUUAAACAACUAGAUAAGAAAUACAUUGAUUUUUUUGGUCAGUUUAACAUAACAUUAACAUAAAAUACGCUGUGUCCAAAUCUGUCUUCCAGAAAUCUAAUCUAAUCUCAGCAAACCAAACGGGGACGUAUUAUGCUGCCAGUUCUUUGAGAAAUCAAGUGUGGCUAGUUUGAAUGGCAACUAUGAACAUCAAGGCAAGAGAAAAUCUGGGGGAAGAUGUGAGGGGAAGCUUUAAAUAUCAGCAGGGUACACUGGGAAACAAAGUUUGCCUCUGGAGAAGGAGCCAGGAAUAACAGAGAAUAAGGUGAGGAAACAACAGUCACUUUCUUUUGUAACAAACUCCCUAGGAAAGCCAGUAUGAUGUAGUGGCAAGGCACCAGAUUAGAAAUUUAAGAGUUCUAGUGAAGCAUAAAAACUAGCUGGUGACCACAAGUCAUUCACUCACUUUCAGCCCGAGGAAAAAGUCAAUAGCAAAACAUUUCUGAAAAAGGUUAUCAAGAAAAUACAUGGAGUUGAAAAUGGAGACACCCAAGGAUGUUUGACGCUUAUAAAAAUAAAACACCAGACAAUAGUUCUAAUCCUAACAUUUUCCUUCUUGCCUCAGCCCCGUCUCCCCUUAGAAGGGGGAGAAACAGCAUAGAAACAGCUCAGUUUAUUGACUGUUGAUGCAUCUUACAGCCUCUCUUUUUCUCUACAACUAGGUAUCUUGGCCCUGCUAAGUCUUUGUUUUGUGAAGAGUGAGUCACACAAGAACAACGCUUUAAAUCUUCAUCCACAGGAUGAAGCCCCCAUGAUCCUUCCGUAUAUUUCUGUUUUUGAAUCAUCCUUUUCUGAUUUUGGAGUCUGCCUUGUCUUCCCAUCCCACAAAACAUCCCACUGAUCUCUUUGCUGGGAGCAGUCCAUUCUAGAACAUUUUGAACUAGGAGUCACAAUUUGCCUUUACUCCACCUUGGAUGCUCUCUCACUCAACACACUUCCAGAAAGACUGCUACGGAAAGAAAGCUCCUUUUUAUUUGUAUCCAUUUCAUGUAUUGUUAAUCAUGUUUAUACAUUUCAUAUAUUCAUAAUCAUGUUUAUACUUUUAUCUGUAAUCUUAUAGAUUCUUGACAAAAAUAAAUAAAUAACUAAAACCUCUGCCUUAAGUGAAUGGCUUCAUGAAGAGCAAGAUAUGGAUUCUACAGAAUCACAUGGAUUUUUCCUAGCCAGCUUCCUGGUCCUCCUGUUCUUGGGAGAUCUCACAGAUGCCUGCAGCUGUGCACAAUUAUCUCUCCAGAAAGCAUGUGACAAAGCUACGUUUGUGAUGAGGGCCAAAUUUAUGAGUGUCAUGCCAGAUCCUGAAUCUCCAUCAUAUUCACCCAAAAAUGUCUAUACUAUUCAGCCCAUUGAGACAUACAAGGGUCCAAAGGAACUACGAAUGGCACAGUUUCUCUACAGCCCAGUCUCAGAUGAUUUCUGUGGAUAUGUACACAAAGGCUCUCUCAAAGGAGAAGAAUACCUAUUUUCAGGAUCAAUUUCUGACAAUCGUUUUAAAAUCUCAAUGUGCAGCUUUGCAGAACCAUGGGAUAAAGUAACUUCUGAACAGAAAAAAAUCCUGAAAGGUGGAGGUUAUAAGGGCUGCAGUGACUCCUGACCCAAGUCAUAAACUUCAUGGCCUUCGCUGUCAUUAUGCUAGUGCUUAGAGAAUGAGAAAUGAACUAGAUGUACCUGAAUGCUUGUUACAAGAAAGCAAAUGUUCAAAACAAGAUGAGCAGCAAAUAAAUCUAAUAAAUGAAAUUAAAUAAAAUGUGA